AUGUCGGGAAACGAAGGUCACGAUAGCGUGCGACGACCGCGCUCCACGUCGCGCUCGCGUCCGACAACUCCUCUCCGCCCCUCUUCCCGUUCCUCGUUCCGCGAGUCCGCUCAGCGCAGCGUCCAAGGUGGCGAACCCUUCCCACUGAACGCCUUUGAACCCGCAUUCGCCGAGUUAUCUGAUGCUAUGGCCGACCUAGAGGCGAACAUGAUGCACUUCCAGCUGAUGCACGAAAGCCUCUCACGAUUCAGCGAGAGCUUCGCGAGCUUCAUGUACGGACUGAACAUGAAUGCUUUCUGCGUCGACUUUGCCGAGGGACCGAUCCCCGAGUCAUUCCGCAGAGCUCGGGUUAGAGAGGAGCAAUCGCCGGCACCAGUUCGAUCUCGAAGCACAGAGCGAGGAGGCGAAUUUGAGGGGGAGACGACAUUCAUGACUACGGACACCUCCUUCGUAGAGAACCCACCGACAGUCUCCAAGCCGACUCCUAAGAAGUUUGCGACGCAGGAUGCUCGUCAAUCUCGUGUCCCCCCUCCCUCAAGAGGCGGCACCCAGUCUAGAGGUAGAGGCGGAACGGGACGAGGUCGCGCAAGUGGUCUCGUCAAACCGAGAGCUCGUGGCUUGAAAUGA